CACAAGACAUCAAUCAAACUGUAUAAAACAGAAACCACCAUUAAAUUUAAAGUUGUAUUUUUGAGAGAUGAGAGCAUUUCGGAAAAAUUGAACUUUUGUGGGGAGCACUCACAAAAAAAAAAAAAAGAUUUCUUUUUUUUUUCUUUUCUAUUUGGGAUUAUAUCCUUUUUUAGAUUAACUAUUUAAUGGAAUAUUGAUUUCAAUUUAAAAUGGUAUAAAUAGAUUGUAAAUUCAUCUAUUUCAUUAAAAUUUAUAUUUUCUCUUUUGUAGUUAUAACCUCAUCACUUGCCUUUAAUCAGAUAGACUUUUUAUCUUCAUAUCAAACUAAUCAAUAAUAAUAAUGACUAUUGAAUCAUCAUCUUCCAUUACACCAGUUUCAAUCUGUAAUACUGAUAUUGGAUCAUUACCAGCUCCAUUUCCUCAAUUAUCUUCCAACAUUUUAGAUUUAUUCUUAUUAACUAAUAAACAUGCUGUUAUAACUGGUGGUGCCAGAGGGAUUGGUUAUGUUAUUUCUGAAGCUUAUUUACAAGCUGGAAUUUCAAAAUUAGCUAUUAUAGAUUAUUCCAAUAAUGAACCUGCUAUUAAUCGUUUAAGAGAACAAUUUCCAAAAUCAUCUAUUAAUUAUUAUGAUUGUGAUGUUAGAAAAGCUGAACAAGUUAAAAAUGUGAUAGAAACCAUUCAUAAAGAAUUUGAAACCAUUGAUAUUUUUGUGGCUAAUGCUGGUAUUGCAUGGACUUCAGGUCCAUUAAUUGAUCAAGAUAAUGAUGAUGAAUGGCAUAAUGUUAUGAAUGUUGAUUUAAAUGGAGUUUAUUAUUGUGCUAAAAAUAUUGGUAAAAUCUUUAGACAACAAGGUAAAGGGUCAUUAAUUAUGACUGCAUCAAUGUCUGCUCAUAUUGUUAAUGUUCCACAAUUACAAGCUGCUUAUAAUGUUGCUAAAGCAGGUGUAUUACAUUUAAGUAAAUCAUUAGCCAUUGAAUGGGCUGCCUUUGCUAGAGUUAAUACUGUUUCACCCGGUUAUAUUGCUACUGAAUUAUCUGAUUUUGUACCUGAUGAUAUUAAAAAUAGUUGGUAUGCAUUAACUCCAAAGGGUAGACAAGGAGCCCCAAGAGAAUUGUGUGGUGCUUAUUUAUAUUUAGCAUCUGAUGCUGCUACUUUUACUACUGGAUCAGAUAUAAAAGUUGAUGGUGGUUAUUGUUCUGUUUAAUAGAGUAUGAUUUUUGUAAAAGGAACAAUAUGGUUUGCUUUUGAUAUAUUAAUUAAUAGGAAUCAGUAUAUAGUAAAUCCUUGAAAUAAGGACCCUGUUUUAUUUAGAAAAACUAAUAAUAUAAAAACUAAUAAAUAAAUAAAUAAAUAAAUAAAAUGAUUUUAAAAGUUCAUUAGAAGUUGUAGUAGU